AUGCUCGGUGCAACGGCCACUGUGGUAGAUGCAAAAUACUUGGGUAGCAGAGCUGAAGAAAUACAAGAUCACACGGACUGCAACGAUAUGAAGGAUUCGCUUACCUCAGCCAAUGUGGUCUAUGGUUACCGCACUAAAGUAACCACGCCGCUGCUCAUUUCUGAGGGACUCAAUUUACUCAUGAAGAAAACGCAGAUUCUGGAGAGCUGGACUGCGAUCUUCAAAAUCGUCCUCAACCGUCCGCCCGAAAACGAAUCGGCCGAUCUCUCCAAAAUGGAAACCGAUUACGCCAUGGAACGUCCGUUUUAG